AUGAGUAACACAACGUGUUCAAAUCAAAAUCUUAAUGUUAAACAUGUUGCAACUCUAUUCGAAGAAGUUCAAAAUCGUUAUAUUAAAAAAUUAACAACUAUUGAUGAAAAACAUAUAUUGGCUGAUGAACGUCAUAAGCAAAAAUUAGCCGUUUAUGAAAGUUAUGUAAAAGAUUUAUCAAUUCAAACACGUUUACUCUUACAAAGUCUUGAUGAACUUGAAAAAGAAGCUAAUCAACGUGUUGGUUUACUUGAAAAUAAACUCAAAAAAGCACAUGCAUCUUUACAACAACAUCAUUCAUUAUCAGAUGUAACAAAAAGCGUUAGCAGUAUUGAAUCAGAAAAAUGGAAAUUAAAUCAUGAAAAUCUUGAUUUAAAACAUGAUCUCGAUUCAUUAAUAAUAUUUAUUAAUACAGCUAAGCGAACAGGUAAAUGGGAUACAAAAAGACUUCAAUUAAAAACUAUUCCAAUUGAUCGUAUAAUUGGUAUAUCAAAUGAUGAUAUACAUCCUACAGUACCUUUACAUAAAGAAAUUCAAUAUCGUGAUGAACGUAUACAAGUUUUACAAGCUGAAAUUGAACAACUUCGAAAAACAAAAAAUGAAUUAGUUAAAGAAUCAUCGAAUAAACAGUCAUCUUUCUCUUCAUUUAUGGAAGUUGAUGAAUCGAAAGAAAAAAAUAUUGUUCUUUCAAAAAAAGUUGAAGAUCUUCGUGCUCAACUUAUUGAAGAAUGUCAAAAAACUGAAACACUUAAAAUGGAUAUACGUCUCAAAACUAAUGAAUUGAAAGAUCUACAAGAAGAAUUUCAACAAAAUAAACAACGUUAUGAUGAACAUAUACAUGAUUUAUCAACAAAAUUAAAAACAAUAACAGAUCGUCAUCGAGAAUCAACAACAUCACUUAAUAAUGAUAUUAAAAUAAAAAAACAACAAAUUGAACAAUAUACACAACAAAUCGAACAAGUUCUAAAUGAAAAAGUUCAACUUGAAAAUGAGCGUAGUGAUUUACAACGACAAUGUCGUGUUAAAGAUGCCAUAACAACUGAUUUAGACGUACAAAUUCGUAAUCUUCAACGAGAAUUAUCAUCAAAUAAUUAUCCAAUUAUUCCUAUACAACCUGUUGAAUCAACUGUAUCAAAAAUAGAAUAUGAAAAACUUGAUCAAGAAUUACAUUCAAUUAAAAAACGACUUGAUGGAAUUACAGCUGAAGUUAAAAUGAAAGAUGCAUUAAUUAAUAAACUUGAACAAGAUCUUCGAGCAUUAAAAAAAUCUCACGAUGAACAAUUAGAACAACAUAUUAAAAUAUCGACAAAUGAUACUGAACAAUUACAUACAGAAAUUCGAGCAUUAAAACGUCUAUGCGAAGAAAAACAAGAUCAACUUCAUAAACAAUCGUUAGAAUUACGUACAUAUCAAGAACAUUUAACUGUUGAACAAAAUAAAAAUAUUACAAAUGAACAUGAACAUAAAAAAUUAUCUAAUAUAAUACAAUUAUCAAGAGAACAAAUUGAAAAACUUGAACAUAAUCUACAAGAAUUUACAAUAAAAAAUGAACGGUAUGAAUAUACAAUAAAUGAAUUAAAUUCACGAAAUAAUUUAAUUGAAGCAAAAUUAAUUGAAACAAUGACAUUAAUUGAUUUACGUAAUAAAACAUUAAUUGAUUAUGAACAACAAAUGGAUAAAAUAAAAAUUGAAUUAAUACAAAAACAUAAAGAAGUUCUUGAUAAACAAUGUCAUAUUGAACAAUUAGAACAAAUUGUUAUUGAUAAAACAGCUGAUGUUGCACAAUUAACUGAAACACUUGAAACAGGUCUUGUUAAAAGUCAUCAUCGAGAAAAAUUUGCUGAAGAUAAUGCAUCAAAAGCAUUACAUGAUAUUAAAGUUUUACAACGCGAACUUCGUCAUGUAUCAGAAACAUUAACUCAACGUGAACAUACAAACAAUGCACUUAAUCAACAAAUUCAACAAUUAACAAAUGAAUUAAAAGCUAAACAAGAUGAAUUUCAACAAAUACAAAAAUCAUUAAAUAAACAAUUAGCAAUUAAACAAGAACACCUUGCACGUUAUGAUCAAAAUCUUCAUGAAGAAGAAAUAAAAUCCAAAUAUGCUAAAGAAGAAUGUUUAAUACAAGAAAAAGAAAUUGCUCGUUUAAAUAAAGUUCAAGAAGAACAAGAAAAUCGUAUUAAAAUAUUACAACAAGAUCUAUUAAAACUUCAAGAAGAGAAAGAAUCAAUAAAUGUUCAAUAUGAACGUUCCGAAGCUGAUUUACGUAAUAUAAAAAUUCUACGUGAAGAUGAAACACGUAAAUAUCGUCAUGAAAUUGAAAAAUUAAAUAGUGAAAUGUCAUCAUUAAAAACGAAUGAAAUUGAUUUAUUAAAAAAUAUUGAUGAAUUAAAAGAAAAUCUUUUAAAUGUAACAAGUGAACGUAAUGAUAUACGAGAACAAAAUGAAAAUUAUCAAAAUGAAAUUGAAACUAUACAAAAAAUGUUAUGUGAUGAAACUGAAUCAGCUUCAAAAUCUGGAUCAAAAAUUGUUUUAUUAACACGACAAUUAGAUGAAGAACAAAAACGUGCUACAGAUGCUAUACAUCAAUUAGAUGAAUUAAGAAUACAAUCGAAAAGUUCAUUAAUGACAAUUGAUACAUUGAAAACUGAACUAAGUCAAGCACGUUCACUUAUACAAGAGCAUGCUGUUAAAGAAGUGGAUUUAAAACAAAAUUUAACUCGAACAAAUUCAUUCUUACAAGAAACAAAUAAAUCACUCGAUGAUCGUCAACGUGAAAUAGAAACACUUAAUCAUCUUUUAUCACGUUUGCAAAUUGAUUAUGAAAAAUCAAAAAAUGAUUUAUCAACUGUACAAGAUCAAAUAAUUCAACAUGAAAUUGGAAAUCAAACAUUAAAACAACAUUUAACAGAAAAAACAAAUGAAUUAUCAGCAAUAACAAAUCGUCUUCAUCAAAUACAACAAGAUUUUCAUUCAUAUGAAAAAGAACAUCGAUAUUCAAAUGAAGAAUAUUUUGAACGUGAACAACGUAUGAAAACAAUUGAAAAUGAAUUAUCAAUGAUGAUUAGUAAUUAUGAAAAACUUCAACGUGAACAUGCUACUUUAAAUGAAGAUUUUACUAAUUGUCGAUAUGAACUUGAAGAAAGUCAAAAAUCUGAUAUUAUACAUAAAGAACAAUUAGUACAAUCAAUAGAUGAAGCGAAAAUCUGUAAACGAAAAUUAACAUUACUUGGCAAUUGUUUCAAGACAGUUGUUCGAAAGGCAUCUGAAACAAGUGAACGAUGGGCUAGUAUCACAUCAAAACUUCAUGAACAAAUAACUGAUUUAAGUGAAGAUGCAAAUAGACUUCGUAUACUUGAUGAACGUUUUGAACAAUCAACAAAAAUGUUAACACUUUUACGAAGUCAACAUGAAGAUUUAAUUUUACAAUUUAUGACUGUUAAACCUGUUCUUGAAAAAGCUCAUUUAUAUGUACGAGAAUAUAGACGUAAAUGGUCUCAAACAAGUGAUGAAAAUCGUCAUUUACGUAUGGAAAUAAAACGUUUGCGAGCUAAAAUUGAUGAUUUUCAUCGAGCUGAAGGUAUAAUGCAUACAAAAAUUGAUGAACAAGAAAUGAAUUUAGUACAAUUACGUAAAGAACUCAAUAAUGAAACACAAUCUCAUUCUGAAUGUCAAAUACUUAUUGAACGUUUAAAACAUACAUUAGAUGAUACAAUACAAGAACGUGAUCAAUUAAUUAAAAAUAUGACAAAUGUUAAUAAAAAGCUUGAAAAGCUUGAAAAUGAUAUUGAUGGAUAUACAAAUGAAAAUCGUUUAUUACAUCAAGCAACACAAAAAUUAGAAAAACAAUUAGCAAAUACACAUGCACAUAAUGAAUCAUUACAAAGAACAUAUCAACAAAAUGAAUUAUCAUAUCAAGAAAAAAUAAAUGAAUGUGAAUCAUUAUUAGUAUCAUUAAAAGAUGUUAAUAAAGAUUCAUUAUGUUUAUUAGAGCAGAAAAAAGCUGAAUUAAAUAUGACACAAUCGGAAAUACAAUCAUUAAAAUAUGAACAAUCCACAACAGCUACAGAGUUUGAAAAAAUUGAAGAAAUGAAUCAAGAAUUAAAACGACAUAUAUCAAUGCUUGAACGAUCAAAUGAUGAAUCUAAACGUGUAAUACGAAAACGUGAAAAAGAACUUGAACAAAUCAAAAAUGAAUUUGAAUAUAAUAUGAAAAAUAUUUCAUCACUUAAUACUAAGUGUACAAAACAAGAUGCAGAAUUAAAUGUUCUUCGUCUUGAAAAUGCAUCUUUAAGUAAAGAAUUAAAAUUAAUGCGUGAAAAUGUUCAUCGUUGUGAAGAAGAACAAAGACGUUUAAGAAAAGAUUGUGAUCAAGCAUUAAAUUUUAUUCAUGAUGGUAUUCCAGAAUUAUGUUUGGACAAUGGUAUUAGCAACAAUAAUCGAAAUGGAACAUUACAAGAACAUUUAAAGAAAAUACCAUCGUUAAUGCAACAAUUAACAGGCGAUAGAGAAAAUUUAAAAACUAAAAAUGCACUUUUAGUACAAUUUGUUCAUGGACUUUCUCAUGAUCUUAAUGAUUGUCAGAGUAGUCAGAAAAAAUACAAAUUGCUCAAAGCACAUUCAAAACAACAACAAUUAUUAUUAAAUCAAUUAGAAACUCACGUUCGUUUUUAUGAAUCUGUUUUCAAAGAAAAAGGAUUCUUUCCAACAAUUGAAUAUUCAUCAGGAUCAACAGUAGCUUCAGCACCGGAUGUUAUCGACAAUUUAUGUAUUAUGAAAAAUCUUGAUGGAUCGAAAUCUACAUUUCUUACAAAAAUAAAUGUAUCAUUGAAUUAUCAACAUUGUUUAGAAUUUAAAUAUCUUAUUACUGGAACUAUUAUAGAUUGUUGUAUGAAUUUUUAUGGGAAAAUUUGGACUAAUACUAAAAACCAAUCGAUAUUAUUUUUCAGUUUUUGUAUUCCGAAUGAACAACCUGAAUUACUUUGGUAUUCUUUUACUGUUCUACUUCCAGAAAAUUUAACUAUGAUUAAUAUAGUCACAGACAGUAAUGGUAUUGCUAGUAAUCAUUCAUUAAUCAUUAAAGAUUUAUUUAUUCAACAAUGUGAUCAAAUUUCGACAUUACAAAACAUUUUAUUGAUGAAUUCAACUAUUGUUUCUUCAUGGUUAAAUGCAAAAACAAAUUUCUGGAUUCAAUAUCGAUGGAUAUUCAUCAUAGGUAUUCUUAUACUUUUGUUCCUUUCAUUCAUCAUUAUUACUGUUAUACUCUAUGCAUCUCAUCGAAUAUUUCAUCAACAAUCAACGAUAACCGAACGAAUUCAAAUUUCAUCUAUGAAUCUUUCUCAACAUUUUUAUGAAGAACCAAUAUCAAUUAUUUUAACUCCUCCAAUAGAUAUAAGUGUGUAUGAUCAUGUUCGAGAUAAUUAUGUAUAA